AUUCCUGUUACAAAAUACACGGGCAAACAGGACCAGACCAUCUGCAGAAUUGAGGAAGUAUUUCCGGAGGCGCCCUCAAAUCUUAUAUCCGCAAUUCUUUGCUUGGAUUUUGGGACAAUCGCGCGUUCAUUGUUUUACCGUUUAUUUUUCAAAGGAGAAGACUGCACAAAUAUAGGAACAUUUUUAUACUAAGGCUAUUUAUUGUCGCAGUCGUCCCCUCAAUCCCAGUGGUAGUUUGUUCCCGCUGCCAUGUUGUAUGGAUCUGCCGACGUUUGUACUGGAGUUCCGUUGAAAGUUUAGAUUUUAGAGACUCGGGAAGAUCCGAGUUCUCCAAAUACCUUCAAAGCCCGAGGGACAAUUUACGUUACAGUUCCAAACAACAGAAAUAUAAAAAUACUGAACCUUCAACAGCCUUAGUCAAAAACAACCUGCACCCUUGAGAGGGGCCGGCUGCAGGCCACGGUGAUCAAUGACUGCAUCAGCUUUAUUCAAAAUACCUUAGCGAGACAGCUGUAUCUUUUUUAUUUUUGUUUGUUUGAUUUAAAAAACGAUGAGUAGUCACCCGUCGUUGCGGCCACGGGUCGGAAAUGUCGGCUCUACUCUUCUCAGCUCGCAAGAGAACGAAUGCCUCUACAAUUACCUGGGAAGGAAAUGCAUCGCGCUGUGUUCCGCCGUGGUCCAGGUGUUCACGGCCGACAGGAACUCCUCGUGGGUGAAGAGGUGCUGCGGAGUGGCCUGCCUGGUCAAGGAUAAUCCCCAGAGGUCCUACUUCAUCCGCGUCUUCGACGUCAAGGAGGGGAAGACCUUGUUCGAACAGGAGCUCUACAACAACUUUGCAUUGAAUUCCUCGAAACCGUACUUCAUUUCGUUUGUAGGAGACACCUGUCAGGUGGGCCUCAACUUUGCCAGCGAGGAAGAGGCCCACCAGUUAUGGUUGACGACCAAGGACCUGAUGGGCCGAAGGCAGAGGAAAACAGAGAAAAGACGAGACCCUCCAAAUGGACCCACUCUGCACAUUGCCACGGUGGACAUCAAGCACCCUGAGAUCAGCAACACGCGUAACAACUCUCAGGUCAACAACAUGGUGCCCAGCGGCUUCAACAAGGACAAGAGGAAGCCCAAGGGGGGGAAGAAGAAGAGGCUGACCAAGGCUGACAUCGGCACACCCAGCAACUUCCAGCACAUUGGGCAUGUAGGCUGGGAUCCAAACACAGGCUUUGAUGUGAACAACCUCGACCCGGACCUGAAGAACCUGUUUGACCUGUGCGGGAUCUCCGAGGCCCAGCUCAAGGACAAGGAGACGUCCAAGGUCAUCUACGACUUCAUCGAGAAGAAGGGCGGCGUGGAGGCCGUCAAGAACGAGCUCCGGCGACAAGCUCCACCACCUCCACCUUCCAGGGGCGGACCACCUCCGCCUCCCCCUCAUUACACCUCAGGGCCUCCUCCUCCUCCUCCCCCCGCCCGAGGAAGAGGGGCCCCCCCGCCCCCUCCGCCCUCCCGUGCCCCCGCGUCAGCCCCCCCGCCCCCGCCUCCUUCUAGACCGAUCGGCGGAGGCGCCCCUCCACCCCCGCCUCCGACCAGAGGCCACCUCCCGCCUCCGCCCCCACCUUCGCACGCCUCCCUGGCCCCACAGGCGCCCCCUCCUCCUCCUCCUCCUCCGCCCUCCUUCUCUUCGGGGGCUCCCCCACCCCCGCCCCCUCCCCCGCCUCCUCCCGGUCCCCCACCCCCCGGGCCUCCUCCACCCCCUGAUAUGGAUGGGGGGGAUUCUCCAGGGGCAGGGAAAUCGGCGCUCCUCGACCAGAUUCGGGGCGGUGCGAACCUGAAGAAGGUGGAUCAGGGCAGCAAGCCGGCGUCCGGCGUGGGACGGAACGCGCUAUUGGACCAAAUCAGGCAGGGGAUCCAGCUGAAGAACGUGCCGGACACUCCGGACAGCUCGGCCCCGCCCACCGCCGCGCCCUCAGCGGGCAUCGUCGGGGCGCUGAUGGAGGUGAUGCAGAAGAGGAGCAAAGCCAUUCACUCUUCAGAUGAAGAUGAGGAUGACGAGGAUGAUGAGGACUUUGAGGAUGAGGACGAAUGGGAGGACUAGUGAUUCCACAACCCCCCUGCCCCCCCACCCUUCCUAAAAAAAAAAAAAAACAAAGAAAUAUUCUUCCGCAAAUUAUCAUGUAAAUGUUCUUUCAAUUUGCUGUAUAUUUUUGUUGCCUUUUUUGCUUUUUAUUAUUAAUCUGUGCAAUACCUCAUUUAUUCUGUAAAGGUUUUUGUGUCCCUUUCUGUAAAUUUCUCCAGGAUUAAUGUGCAAUUUUACAUCAUGGACCGGUUCUUUUGACUUGAUAAUGUUGUUCUUUUGUCAGUAAUAGACGGGAGAUUAAAAAAACUGACAGAGUUCUUAAUGUUGCUAUUGUUAAUGCAAGAUAACACUAUUUUCAUACCUUAAAAUUUUUCUUAUUCAAAAUCCUAGUUUAGCACUGUUAUUUUUCUUAAGAAUGUGCUAAUGAAAAUAUUUAGCCCCAUCAUUUCCAAUGUGUAAUUAACACAGAAAUUGAGGGUUAUAUUUUUGCACAAAAAAAUCAUAACAGUAAGAAAGUGCAAGGCUUGAUUUAAAAAAAAAAAAAAAAAGAAAAAAAAACACUUUCAAAACCAUGACCACAAAAGCAAACAUUCUUAAAGACUCAUGAAAUUCAUAGUGCAUCACACAUUCGUUAAAGGUUUCUAGGGAUAUGUCUUAUUUUAUUGAUUUUUUUUUUUAAUGUCACCUUGUGUAUCAAUUAUUUUUCAGAAGCCUUUUAUUUCUACUUUUUAUUGUAACCAGAAGAAAGAGGUUUUUUUGGAAAUCAGGUCAGUGUUCAUGUAAAGCAAAAAAAACUAACUCAUCUUGGACUUAACCUAUUGUCAAUAGUAUUGAACCAAUAUAACUAAGGCUGUAAUAUAAGGCUGCAGUACAAUAACGGUGAAUUAACACUUAUUGGCAAGGUGCUGAGGGGUUGAAGCUUGAUUCUGAUGGCUGCAGGCCAGGUAAUAAGGCCUGUAAAUCACUAUUGAAUCUUUCUGUAGGGCAGUAUGCUGUUUUUAACAGUGUUGUAUGUCAGAAUGUCACUGUCUUCUGUUUCCUCCUGGGGUCUGUGGUGCAUCGAGAAAACGACAAAAUGGCCGCCAAACCUUCAAGUGAAAUUUGAUGAAAAAUGGAACACUAAAUUGUAUACUUAAAUAAAUGUUAAUAUUUACAGAC